AUGAGCAACAUUGCAGUCAACGAAGAGUGGAUCAAGACAAACGACGGCUACGACCUCUUUACAAAGACAUGGAAGCCCGAGGGAGAACCCAUUGCCCAACUUGUUAUGGUUCAUGGCUUUGGUGAACACAUCAACCGAUACGAUCGCAUGUUUACAUUGUUUGCCGAGAAUGGAAUUCAAUGCUAUGGAUAUGAUCAACGUGGAUUUGGUCAAAGUGGCAAGAAGGCUCAAGACUAUGGCAAUCUCCAUGGAUACGACACUGCCCUGAACGAUAUCAAUGCUGCCAUCCUUCGCGUCAAAAGCUCGUUGCCUCUUAUUCUUAUGGGUCAUAGUAUGGGUGGUGGCAUGCUGUUGAACUACCUUGCUAGAGGAGACAAGUAUGAAGGUGUCAGCCAUAUUACAACGGCCAUUUGCUCGGCUCCUUUGGUGACUCUUUCUUUGCCUAUCUCUCCUUUGCGGUAUUAUCCUUUGUUGGCCGCAUCCAAAAUCGUACCAAGUUUUGUCAUUCAGGCGGGCCUUGACGCUAAAACGAUCAGUCACGAUGAACAAGAGAUAAAGGUGUAUGCAGAAGACCCAUUGAUUCAUGACUAUGCCACAUUGGCCACAGUACGUGGGUUCUUGGAUGCUGGCAAGGAUCUCUUCAAGUUGGCGCCAAAGAUUCACAAGAUCCCUAUUUUGUAUUCUCACGGAGAUGUUGAUCCAGUCAAUGAUUUCAAGGGCACUGAAAAGGUGCAUAAGCUCAGUGAGAACGAUGCAUCCGAGCUUAAAUGCUGGAAGGGUUUAUUCCAUGAAUUGCACAAUGAAACCAAGGACGAGCGUGACCAAGUUAUGAACUACUAUCUACAGUGGAUCAAAUCACACGUCAACCAACAAUAA